GCCGGGCCCUGCGCCGCCCGCCGCCUGCGCGCCCGCCCGCCGCCCGGUCCGCGGCCGCUCCCCGUCCCCGACACACGCUCACAGGCCGGGCAUUGAUGGUAAUGUAUGCGAGGAAACAGCAGAGACUCAGUGAUGGCUGUCACGACCGGCGGGGGGACGCGCAGCCUUACCAGGCACUUAAGUAUUCAUCGAAGAGUCACCCCAGUAGCGGUGAUCACAGACAUGAAAAAAUGCGAGACGCCGCAGAUCCUUCACCACCAAAUAAAAUGUUGCGGAGAUCUGAUAGUCCUGAAAACAAAUAUAGUGACAGCACAGGUCACAGUAAGGCCAAAAAUGUGCAUAUUCACAGAGUUAGAGAGAGGGAUGGUGGGACCAGUUACUCUCCCCAAGAAAAUUCACACAACCACAGUGCUCUUCAUAGUUCAAAUUCACAUUCUUCUAAUCCAAGCAGUAAUCCAAGCAAAACUUCAGAUGCACCUUAUGAUUCUGCCGAUGACUGGUCUGAGCAUAUUAGCUCCUCUGGGAAAAAAUACUACUACAAUUGUCGAACAGAAGUUUCACAGUGGGAGAAACCAAAGGAGUGGCUUGAAAGAGAACAGAGACAAAAGGAAGCAAACAAGAUGGCAGUUAAUAGCUUCCCAAAAGAUAGGGAUUACAGAAGAGAGGUGAUGCAAGCAACAGCCACUAGUGGGUUUGCCGGUGGAAUGGAAGACAAGCAUUCCAGUGAUGCCAGUAGUUUGCUCCCACAGAAUAUUUUGUCUCAGACAAGCAGACACAAUGACAGAGACUACAGACUGCCAAGAGCAGAGACUCACAGUAGUUCUACGCCAGUACAGCACCCCAUCAAACCAGUGGUUCAUCCAACUGCUGCCCCAAGCACUGUUCCUUCUAGUCCAUUUACGCUACAGUCCGAUCACCAGCCAAAGAAAUCAUUUGAUGCUAAUGGAGCAUCCACUUUAUCAAAACUGCCUACACCCACAUCUUCUGUCCCUGCACAGAAAGCAGAGAGAAAAGAAUCUACAUCAGGAGACAAAUCGGUGUCACACUCUUGCACAACUCCUUCCACGUCUUCUGCCUCUGGACUGAACCCCACGCCUGCCCCUCCAGCCUCUGCUUCAGCAAUGCCUGUCUCUCCUGUCCCACAGUCACCAAUACCUCCAUUACUGCAGGACCCAAAUCUGCUCAGACAGUUGCUUCCUGCCUUGCAAGCCACGCUGCAACUCCACAACUCCAAUGUGGACAUGUCCAAGAUAAAUGAAGUUCUUACAGCAGCUGUGACCCAAGCCUCAUUGCAGUCUAUCAUUCAUAAGUUUCUCACUGCUGGACCAUCUGCUUUCAACAUGACUUCUCUGAUCUCUCAAGCUGCUCAGCUCUCUACACAAGCCCAGCCGUCUAAUCAGUCUCCGAUGUCUUUGACGUCUGACGCGUCAUCCCCGAGAUCCUAUGUGUCUCCGAGAAUAAGCACACCUCAGACGAACGCAGUCCCUGUCAAGCCUUUGGCUAGUACUCCUCCUGUUUCAUCACAGCCCAAGGUUAGUACUCCGGUAGUUAAGCAAGGACCAGUUUCCCAAUCAGCCACGCAGCAGCCUGUGCCUGCUGACAAGCAGCAGGGCCAUGAACCUGCCUCUCCUCGAAGUCUUCAGCGCUCACAUGUUUUCUCUUCUAGUAGCCAGAGAAGUCCGUCACCUGGUCCAAAUCAUACUUCUAGUAGUAACACAUCAAAUGCAACAGCUGUACCACAGAAUUCAUCUGCCCGUCCUGCGUGUUCAUUAACACCUACGCUAGCAGCACACUUCAAUGAAAGUCUCAUCAAACAUGUUCAAGGAUGGCCUGCAGAUCAUGCCGAGAAGCAGGCAUCGAGAUUGCGAGAGGAAGCCCAUAACAUGGGAAGCGUUCAUAUGUCGGAAAUCUGUACUGAAUUAAAAAAUUUAAGAUCUUUAGUCCGAGUAUGUGAAAUUCAAGCAACUUUGCGAGAGCAAAGGAUACUAUUUUUGAGACAACAAAUUAAGGAACUCGAAAAGCUAAAAAAUCAGAAUUCCUUCAUGGUGUGAAGAUGUGAAUAAUUGCACAUGGUGUUGAGAACAGAACUGUAAAUCUGUUGCCCAGUCUUAACAUUUUUGAGCUGCAUUUAAGUAGACUUUGGACCGUUAAGCUGGGCAAAGGAAAUGACAAGGGGUGGGGGUCUGUGAGAUUCAAUUCAGGGGAAAGAUACAAGAUGGAUUUGUAAAACCCUUGAAAUGUAGAUUUCUUGUAGAUGUAUUCUUCACGUUGUAAAUAUGUUUUGUAGAGUGAAGCCAUGGGAAGCCAUGUGUAACAGAGCUUAGACAUCCAAAACUAAUCAGUGCUGAGGUGGCUGAAUCCCUAGCCUUUUACAUGUAAACCUGUCUGCAAAAUUAGCUUUUUUAAAGAAAAAUUUGGGGGGUUAAUUUAUCAUUCAGAAAUCUUGCAUUUUCAAAAGAUUCAGUGCAAGCGCCAGGCGAUCUGUGUCUGAGGAUACAAUUUUGAACCAUAUGGGCAGAGUACAAAAUACCAUGAAGCAGCGGUUUCCACACUUGCCCCUGAUCAAGAGCAGUGCUUCGCCGUUUGUUUUGCAGAGAAAUGUUUUCAUUUCCCGUGUGCUCCAUCUCCCUCUGGAAUCCUUCACCUGAUUUUAUCCACUUUUUAAGGCUCCUCUUCCUCUCCUUUCUUAAGGCACUGUUGCCAUGGCACUUUUCUGUACCCUUUGCAUUCCUGUGUACAGUAGCGUAAAACUGCAGUGAUUGAGCAUAACCCACUUGUUUGUGUAAAUUAUUAAAUCCAUUUGCACCCUGUAAGAAUGGACUUAAAAGUACUGCUGGGCAUGUGUGCUGAAAGUACAUUGAUGGCUCAAAUAUAAGGAAAUGGCCCAAUGAACAUGGUCGUGGGGGAAGAGGAAACAGCUAGUCAGAUGUGAAUUGUAUCUGUUAUAAUAAACAUGUUAAAACAAACACAAAUUGUUAUUUUUCUUUACCUUCGGUCAAUGCAUAUUAGAAUUUGAACUACCUGGGGAUUCUUUGUCAGAACUAUUCUUGUUGAACAUUUAUACUUAAUUGAAGUAAUUCCUUAAGGGAGGUUUUGUUUAAAGCGAUUAACAGGAAAUUGUGUAUAAGAAUAUUUAAUGAAAUAUGAAAUUCAACAAGAAUGAUGAAGUCACUUCCCAAGUGGUUGUCAUUUGUUAAACCCUGGUUUACCUGUCUUGCUGUUGAUGCCGUUUCAUUUGGAGGGUGUCUGUGCUGUAGCUCACUGUUCCGGUCUGGUGCUGACUGCUGUUCUCAGCAUCACAACACGCUACAUUUGUGUAAUCAGAGCUUCCUGCUGUUACCUGGGAAUGGCGGGAAGGCUCAGCUUUGUAUAUUGUUUCCUAAAGUAUAUUAAAAUAAAAAAAGAAACUAUUGCUACUAUAAAAUUACCUUGGCUUUUUUUUUUCUUUGCUAAAAUAUUGGUCACAUGGCCUUAGCAAGACACUGCCAGUAUUAAAUCAGAUCACAAGGGUUUCUUUAUGCUGAAAAUCCUCCUAAUUUCAAAAUCUUAACUUACCCAAUUUAGAGGCCUUUUUUUCCUCUUGGGCAGAUGUGUUCACGUGCUCUCAGAACCGCCAGCACCAAGGGCUUCUUUUGUGAUGUUAGCCAUUGUCACUGCAUUCUGGGAUGCCGCAAUUCCACAUUGCUCCUGCGCUUUAAGCAUAUUUAAAGCAUGGAAGGUAAUGCUCGGCGUUCUCAGUAAAUUUCAGAGCGGUAAACUCUAAGCAAUAGUAUGGAUGAUACUUUCUAAAAUACAAAAACGUUCCAGUGUAAUUAAGAAUUAAAGUCAUACUGGAAACUGAUUUUUUUUAUUGUAACUUGAGGAUACUUUUAAAAUGUAAGAAAAAACAAAUGUUAUAAAUUAUAUCGCCAUAAAGUGUUAAUACCUGUGAGAUUGUUGAUUUGCUGGACUUGAUAAGUGCAUGUAAAUGAAACUCGGGAGAACUAUGUUAAGUUAGAACCCUUACUGACGUAGGCCUGUACCUUUUCUGGAGAGAUGAUGUAGUAGGCAGAUGUUUCCCAGUCAGAUGGCAACUUGUGAUUUAAGCUAACUUUGAACUUGAUUUGCCAAUUGUCUUUUGAUCUAUGUCACCUUAUUGUUUUGACUUUUAAAAAUGUUUAUAUCCCUAAAGGAACUGCUCACAUACACAUAUGUGAUGCCUAAUUUGAAAUUUUCCCGGUGAAUUUUUAAACAGAAUUAAAAAUUUUGUGGAAAUAUUUUUAUAAUAUUUGAUUCACUUAUUCUGUAGUGAAUUACUUUAAAUACUGCACUUUAAUACACACAUGGUGUCCAGCUACUAACCUUCUUGAGGUAACCAGGGAAUAUUUAUUAAAAUAGGCAUAGUAUCCCAGAAUAUUCUCUAUCUAGUUGUCCUGUUGCCAUGGCUUUGAGCAUGUAUCUCAUUUUGGUGGACACCUUGGUUCAGAUAGUUUGCGAAUAGAAAUACAAAUAGCCCCUGGGAAACCUCAGGGUUUUUAUUUUUCUGUUUUAAAAGGGACAUGAGUGGUGUUACAUUCAAACCUUAAAAACUGAUGUUGUAAUAAAAUGUAUUUUGUGAAGGUGGGUCUGUUAGAGUCUUAUCCCCAGGAGCCAGCCUCCCUACCUUUUCCCCUUUGUUUUCUGUUUAACUAGUUUGACUAACUUUUCAUUUUAAAACUUGGGCUAUAUCUCCAGAUUUUAAGCACACUGAAAACUCUGUCAGCCCUUUUUAAAGACAUUGUGCUGCUUUUAAUAGCCCAAAUGAGUGGUUUUAUCUUCCAGAUUUUAUGUAUCUGCUUCACAGUUGUAAAAUCUUGGAAAGGAGGUGCUUAAAAGUUUUCAAAGAAUUAAUUGUGAACCCAUUUCAGAAACAAUCUAUUGUUGUCUUUAAACACAACCUUAACUUCGAGGGAUUAUUUCAACGGGGGGAGGGGGCAGGGCGUGAAGUAAUUCACUGCAAACCAGAACUAUUGUAGUUCAGGACUUAAAGCUACUGUGUUUAGAUGUGGGGUUUGAAUAUACGGAUUUCUUUUCAAUACCUGUAAAUAUGGCUAUAUUCUUGUAUUUGUACUGGAGUGUACAAAAUGACACUGAAAAGUAAUAAAUAUGUUUUGACUACA